AUGGAAGAGAAGGGGGUCGACGUCCCUUCCUACUUCCUCUGCCCCAUCUCUCUCCAGAUCAUGAGGGACCCGGUCACCGUCUGCACCGGCAUCACCUACGACCGGGAUAGCAUCGAGAAGUGGAUCUUCUCCGGGAACAGGAGGGUGGAAGCCACCUGCCCGGUGACGAAGCAGCCAAUUCCCGGCGGCGAGCUGACCCCCAACCACACCCUCCGGCGGCUAAUCCAGGCCUGGUGCGUCGCCAACGCCUCCUACGGCGUGGAGCGGCUCCCCACGCCACGUAUUCCCCUCGACAAGGCCCAGAUUGCUCACAUACUCAACGAAGCCCGCAGGCUUGAAACCCAGUUGGAUGCCCUCCGCAAGCUCCGAUCUUUGGUCAUUGAGAGCGACAGGAACAGGCGCUGCGUGGAGGCGGCGGGUGCACCGGACUUCCUCAUCUCCGUCAUCAGGAGAAGCCCUAUUGCACCCUCUACGGAAGAGGAGGCCCUUGGUGUUCUCCAUGCUCUGCAGAUCUCUCCGCAGGGGUUCAUCGACAUGAUAGUGCGCAACGAGGACCUCGUGGAGUUGUUGAUAGCAGUUAUGCAGCGGUCAAACUACCAAUCCCGUGCCUACGCCACCUUCCUCCUCCGGUCGCUCUUCGAGGCCGCGUCCCCGGUGCGGUUUCUCUCCCUUAAGGACGAGUUCUUCACGGAGCUGGUGAAGGUGUUGAGAGAUAGGAUCUCCUUCAAGGCCACCAAGGUGGCCCUGCGAGUCCUGGCCAUGUCGUGCCCGUGGGGGAGGAACCGAGUCAAGGCGACGGAUGCAGGGGCUGUCCCGGUUCUGGUGGAGCUUCUUCUCGACGACCCAGAGAAGAGGGCCUGCGAGAUGGCGCUGGUCGUCCUCGAUCAGUUGUGCUGCUGCGCUGAGGCAAGGGCGGAGCUGCUGGCGCAUUCGGGGGGCCUGGCGGUGGUCUCGAAGAAGAUAAUUAGGCUGUCACACCUGGCGACGGAGCGGGCCGUGCGGGUGAUCAGCUCGGUGGCUAAGUACUCGGCCACGCCGGCCGUACUACAGGAGAUGCUGCAGAUCGGCGUUGUCGCCAAGCUCUGCCUUCUCCUCCAAGUGCAAUCCGGGAACAAGACCACGGAGAGGGCCGCGAGCAUCCUCAGGUUGCACUCCAAGACGUGGAAGAAAUCCCCGUGCAUCCCUCAGCAUCUGCUCUCUUCGUACCCCUCGCACUGA